GUUAAACGAGAGAAGGAAGCCCAGCCUCUUGCCGGGCGUUGCCAAACUGCCACGUCCUCUUCCACUUUGCUGCGUGUCUAGCAUCGGGGAAGCGAAGCCUGAAAGGUCGCGGCGGUGGAAAGCCCCGUGGACCGCACGAACACCUCCAUUGGAAAGGAUUCUGAAAGAAAUGAACUCAGUAGCAUUAUGGCCUGUUGACUGGACUGGCGUCUUGCCUUGCAAGACACUCUGCAGGAUGUCUGCUGAGGACAUUCAUCAGAUUGAAGAGGCGCUCGAUGAAGAUGAGAGGGAGAUGCUGUUUUUUCUGUGCCGAGAUGUUGCUGCGGACGUGUCAGCCUUUAACGUCAGGGACCUUUUGGACAGUCUAAUGGAAAGAGGAAAGCUGAAUGACAUGGGCUUGGCUGAGCUGCUCUACAGAGUGAGGCGGUUUGACCUGCUCAAGCGCAUCUUGAAGAUGGACAAAAGGACGGUGGAGGCCCACCUGCUCACGCACCCACAUCUUGUUUCAGACUACAGGGUGCUGAUGACUGAGAUUGGUGAACAUUUGGAUAAAUCUGAUAUGUCCUCGUUAAUUUUUCUCAUGAAGGAUUAUAUGGGCCGAGGCAAGACAGCCAAGGAUAAGAGCUUCUUGGAUCUUGUGAUGGAAUUGGAGAAGCUAAAUCUGGUUGCUCCAGAUCAAUUGGAAUUAUUAGAAAAAUGUCUGAAGAACAUCCACAGAAUAGACCUGAAGACAAAAAUCCAGAAAUACAAGCAGUCUGCUCAAGGAGCAGAAACAAGUUAUGUAAAUGGCCUCCAGGCAUCUCUCCCAAACUUGAGUCUUAAGGAUCCUUCUCCAUAUAACUUGAAGUUUCAGAAUGGGAGGAGUAAAGGACAAAGACUCAUGGUGAGAGAUCCUGGCAUUCAAAGAGAACCAGUGAAGACGUCGGUUCAAGAAUCAGGAGCAUUUCUGCCUCGGCCCCUCCCGGAGGACAGAUACCGGAUGCAGAGCAAGCCCUUGGGAAUCUGCCUGAUACUUGAUUGCAUCGGCAAUGACACAGACGCUCUCCGGAAGACCUUCACGUCCCUGGGCUUUGAAGUCUGGAGUUUCUCCCUUCUGACCAUGGAGGAUAUGAUUCAUCAUCUUUGCCAAGUUGCCUACAGGACGCACCACCAGGACAAGGACAGCUUUGUGUGCGUCCUGGUGAGCCGAGGGGGCUCGCAGGGCCUGCUUGGCGUGGACCGGACCCACGCGGGGCUGCCUUUGGAUCAGAUCAGGAGGAUGUUCAGGGGAGACGCGUGCCCUUCUCUCUUGGGAAAGCCAAAGGUCUUUUUCAUUCAGAACUACGAGACAGCAGAGGUUCAGCUGGAGGACAGCAGCCUCCUAGAGGUCGACGGGCGAGGAGCGAGCAGCAUGGACGCCAAGGCCUGGCAGCCUGCGCCCUGCACGGUUCACCCAGAGGCAGACUUCUUCUGGAGCCUGUGCAGGGCAGACGUGUCUCUGCUGGAGCAGUACCCCACCUUGUCGUCCCGGUACCUGCAGUGCCUCUCGCAGAAGCUGCAGCAGGAGAGACGGCGGCCACUUGUGGAUCUCCACCUUGAACUGAACAGCAGUGUGCACGACUGGAAUCUUGGAGUACCCGAGAAGGAGAAGUACCACGUCUCGCUGCAGCAUACCCUGAGAAAGAAACUCUUUCUCUCUUGCAAAUGAAAUGCCAAAGACUGUUCAGCAGGAGGUGGAGGAGUGGGUUCCCAGCAGGAACGGGUCCCCCACAGGCUGCCCAUCUACGGAGGCUACGCUCUCCCCACGCCCUCCUGUGCCUGGACCUGGCGGGCUCCCUCCUGAAGAUCCCCAUGGAGCGUGGCCCCCCUGCACCGGCUGUCACCGCGCUGCCCAGCGGGAGGGAGGUCGUGCACGAGGACACGGAGAAGAAGGGGUGCUGGUGGCGGGGACUUGAGCAAGAGGUGGCAGCCCUGGGCAGGUCAUCACCAUGGGCACCGAGCAGUGUUUCUGCCACAGAGCGCUCCUGUGGAAGCACCAGGUGGAAGCACCAAGUGGGAAGAACCACGCGGCAGCACCACGCGGCAACAGCGUGCAGCCGGACGCAGAAGGAGAUCACCGCCCUGGCUCCCAGCAUCAGGAAGACCAAGUUCAUCGCGCCCCUGAGCGCAAGCACUCUGGCUCGGGGGCUCCAUCCUGGCCUCGCGUCCACCUUCCAGCAGGUGUGGAGCAGCGAGCAGGAGCAGGAGGAGUUCGGCCUCCAUCGCCCACUGCAGAUGCUUCUAGGCGGACUGUUACUUCGUUGGUUACACCCUUCCCCCACCCCCCCCCCCUUUCUUUUUUUCCUGGGGCCCCACAGGAGGUUACCUAA